AUGGCCUAUCAUGAACCUUGCAACCAAAUUUCGGAAAAAAACAGCUUUGAUCAUCCUUCUCCACCCAAUGUUUCCCCUCACAUGGCCAAUCCCUCCAUUGAAAAUCAAUUAGCUGAAUGUCCCAGGUUCAAAAUUUGCCAAGACAGACUUGCAAAAUUAGUUGAGACCAAAGAAAUCGAAUCUCUUCAACAAUCAGGUGGCAUUCAUGAACUCGUCGCUGCAUUGGACACUAAUUUGGCAACUGGGAUUUCUGGAGAUGGAAGGGAUCUUUCUCGUCGACACCAAGCAUUUGGUUCGAAUCUGCAUUUGGAUGAACAACCUUCGACGAUGAUGAAAGAAUUCUAUGGACUUGCCAUGGAAGCUUUCAAAGAUUCUACCGUUAUCCUCCUGUUGUGCUGCGCCACGCUUUCUCUUGUGAUUGAGAUCAAGAGGAAUGGCGCAGAAGAAGGAUUCCUAGAUGGGGCUGUCACAUUUCUAGCUAUAUUGCUAGUUAUCAACUUUGGAGUCAUUUGUAGAUAUUGCAAGGCCAGAAGGAAGAUCAAGAAGUUGUCAAGGACCAAAAAUGUUGUUGGGGUAAUGAGACUUGGGAAGAUGCAACAGGUUCCAACUUCUGAAAUUGUGGUCGGUGAUAUCUUAUGCCUAAAAUCUGGUGAUCAGGUCCCAGCUGAUGGGUUGUUGGUUCAUGGUGGUUCAUUUAAGCUAGAGGAUGGUUCGGUCCACGAACACGAAGGCUUUAAUUAUUCUAAGUAUCCCUCUCUGUUCGCCGGUGGAAAGGUGGUGGAAGGCAGCUGCCGGAUGCUUGUGACAGCGGUAGGCCAUAACACAGAAAGGAGUAAGUUGAUGAGAUCAAUAAGCAAUCAUCAAAGCGAGGAUUCGAGGUUGCAAAUGGCUAUUGACAAGACCAACUCUCGCUUGGAAAAGAUUUGGUUGAGCCUGUCAUUGCUCAUUCUUCUGGUGCAACUCCUCCGGUGCUUUGUAUGGAAACCAGUUUCUGAAAAUAAUCAUAACCCGGAUCCCAAAGGCAUAAAGAACACUGCUGAGGAGAUAAUGACUGGGGUAACAAAACUUAUGAAGAAGCAAGGUGUAAGGAUUCAUAGAUUGGUUGCUGUGCUCUGCAUAUUGGUCUUUGCAAUAAGGGAUGGCUUGCCUUUAGGGACUUUUAUCUAUUUGGCAUAUGCAUCAAAGAAAAUGGUGUCAUAUCGAGCUAUGGUCGGGAAACUUCCGGCAUGUGCUACAAUAGGCUUGGUCACCACAAUCUGCACUGGCAAAACGAUUGAUCUAGCUCUCCAGCACGAGAAAAUGGCGGAUUUGUGGAUCGGUCUUGACAACAUCAAUGAAGUUUCUAAGGAAGUAGCUCAUGAAGUCCUUAGUAAGUUGAGCGAGGGAAUUUUCACGAAUCUUCAAUAUAACGGUGAUACCGCAAUAUCAUUGACAAGUGAAGAUGAUUGUCUUCUUUACUGGGCUCAGAAAGUGCUGGGCACAAAUAUGGAGGAGGUGAAUCGAAAUUGCACUAUCCUUCAUUCUGAACCUUUUGAUCUCAGCAGGAAUCGAAGAGGGAUAUUGUUAGGGAGGAAUGAAGAGGUUGGUAAAGCCAUGCAUGUGCACUGGAAAGGAGAUCCACAGGUGGUACUAUCCAUGUGUUCACACUAUUAUGACGUUGCUGGAACCAUGCAAACCCUAAAUCAAGAGAAAAUAGUACUUUUGAGCCAAAUUAUUGACAAAAUUUUAUCAGAGGGUCUCCACUGCUUUGCUUUUGCCUACAAACAAAUUGCUGUUCAAGAGAACGAGGAAUCCCCAAAACUUGGAGAAGAAGAAGAGCAAGAAGAAACACUCAAAACUACAGAGCAUGGCUUAACCUUUCUGGGCUUAGUGAGCAUGAAGAAUCCUUAUGCAGCUGAGGUGAGAGAAGCAGUGAAAGCUUGUAGAGAAUCUGGAGUUAAGAGCAAGUUAGUGGUUGGCGAUGAUUUAAACACAGCCAAAAUCAUGGCCGUUCACGCCGGAAUCCUUAGGCCUGAAGAAGACAUGGAAGGAGCUGUAAUUAAAGCCUCUGAAUUUCAAAGUAGUUCUGAGGAAGAUCGCAUGAAGAUGAUAGAUAACAUCCGGGUGAUGGCAGAAACCUCUCCGUCCGAUAAAUUGUUGAUGGUGAAGUGCUUGAGACAGAAAGGUGAGGUGGUGGCGGUCACUGGAACUUGUAACAGAGAUACCCCAUCACUGAAAGAAGCCGAUGUUGGGCUUUUUCUUGGUCGUACCAAAGAGGGUCCCUCGGCAUGUGAGACUUCUCCAGACUCUGCAGUGAUAAGAGACUCGUAUACUAGAUGGCUUGUUAGUGAUGCUGAAGCAGCCAAGGAAGAGGCAGACAUCCUUGUCUUGGGUAUGGAUCUUGGUACAAUCUAUCGUAUUAUAAAGUUGGGAAAAGGUGUUUGCAACAAUCUUGAGAAAUUCAUACAGUUGCAACUGACUCUGAACAUUGUUGCCUUCGCUGUGAAUUCCAUUCUUCUUGUUUCCAAGAGUGAAACGCCACUUACUCCAUUUCAGCUUCUGUGGGUAAACCUAAUUAUGGACAUCCUUGGUGCCUUGGCUUUGGCAGCAUCAACGGCGGAGCCACCACCUUCUCAGACUCAACAGGAGAAACCGCCACCGGUAUACGGUGCUGGUCCAAUCAUUACCAAGACAAUGAGGAGAAGCAUAGCCGUUCAAUCUUUGUACCAAGUCAUUCUUCUAUUGAUUCUAGACUUGAUGGGAAAAGCUAUUCUCCACGUCGAUGAGACCACUUUAAAGGCCAUGAUUUUCAACUGUUAUCUACUUUGCCAAGUCUCUGAACUGUUCAGCACUAGAGAGACCCAGAUAAAAAAUAUUUUUGUGGGGAUUGUGAAGCAUGAGAGCUGUUGGUUUCUGGUCAUUUUAGGAACCAUUUUUAUCCUGCAGGUGGUGGUGACGGAGGCGGCGGCGGUGGUUGUGCAUACAGGACGAUUAGAUCUGAAACAAUGGUGCAUCUGUAUUGCAAUUUCAGCAGUGGCUAUGCCUAUAGACUGGGUUGCAAAAUGGGUCCAUUCCGUUUACUUCACAAGCGAUUUGAUUUGUAAGUAA